AUGAAUGAACAACGUAAUUGAAGCUUAAUAAAAAUUACAGUUUCAUAUUUCAAUAAUAUUUCUCCGUUGACUCAUUUCAGAUUAGUGAUCAUAGAUUAGUCAAACGCUCGUAGAGUUGAAUUAGAGGAUCCCAGUAGCUCUCAGUCUGACAGUGUGUAUGCCUGCACGAGAGAGACAGAAACAUAGAGUGUGUAUACUUUAGGUUACAGAGGAUGUUGUUUGACCUUGAGUCUGGCAGUGGCACUUCUAGAACGAUGCUGCCGGAGACUGUUUGUAGCUGAUUUACUUCAAGCUCCAGUGAAAGUCAGGCACUUUACAUUCACAGUUCAUCUCUUAUUCUUGUAGCUUACAACCAAAAGGUGAUGUAGCUACCUCCUUAGAGUCAUGUACAGUAGAUGUUUUGCUCCAGUGAAUCAGCAAUGACUCACCAAAAACUCUUGGUCCUAUAUUAUCAAUUCUUAGCAUAUUCUUUAUUGAUUAAUUCUCAGUAAGUAAGUCCAUCUGUCCCAACCAGCCUGACUCCCGUCUGACCCUCUCUCUCUCUCUCUCUCCCCCAGGAGAUCUGCUGCGGUCGGGUAAGAUCUCCGGACACACUGUGAACGGAGGCUGGACAUCCUGGAGCUCCUGGUCUCAGUGCAGUAGAGACUGCAGCCGAGGGAUACGUAGCCGUAAACGGUCCUGUACCUCCCCUGAACCACGCCACGGGGGACAGACCUGCCUGGGACCUGCUCAGGAGUACCAGGAGUGUAACGUCACACCUUGCCCAGGUGAGAUAGAGAGAUGCAUACCCCUGAACACACACACACACACACACACACACACACACACCUGAUCAUACACACACACACCUAAACAUACACACACACACCUAAACAUAUACACACACACACACACACACACAAAACAUGACUGUGUUCAUGGCGAGAUACACCUACACCUACACACACAACCCUAUAAAACAGGUGAUAACUUAAGAAAGCUUCAGUGAAAGAAAUAGAUUAAUCUUUCUAAUUUUUGCCAUGAAUGAUAUAGGACAUCCAUGUCAUGAAUAAAGAAAUAUCCUCAUCAUGAGUAUAAUAACAUAACACAUCAGGAGGCGUGAAGAACACCCCAAUUUACAGCUAGAUUCAGAGACAUAAUCCCCACAGCAUCUUAGACUGUAAUUACAUUUCAGGGCAAUUAUACCGCUAGCUACAGAGAGCCGUGUGUGUGUGUGUGUGUGGCUGCCUGAGUGUGUGCAUGAACAUUUGCUUGCGCUCUUGCAUGCAUUUGUUUGUGAGUUUGUGUGUGUGUGUCUCAUAUUCUGUUGUGAAAAGCCAAAGACAACGCGUCUGUUUCUCCAGUGUUCUACCUGAAGGGGAAAGGAAAGGAUGCAUUUUAAUUAAAUGAGUGUUCAUAGUGCCGGAAGGUAAUGUGCUGUCUAAAUGGAAAUCCUCCUGUUUAGCUUCUUAAAGAGAACACCUGGCAUCAAACACACACACAAACACACGCACACACACACACACACACACACACACACACACACCAGACACACACAUACAACCAGGAGUUUGUUUCAAAUCAUUAAUAAUCAUCAGGCUGUUUUGAAAGGAGUGCUACGUUAGCAUCUCGCUAACAGCCCAGCCCGUGUCUAGAGACCGCCCUCAACAACGGCUAUCCAUCAUCAUAUGUACUUUAAAGACCAGCCGCACAACACAGAGCCAAAGCUGUGAUUUUAGCUGUUUAUUUAUUAACUGGAGAGUACCUGUCUGUCUCGUCAUGAGGCUAUGAAUGGGGUCUGUCUCAUCAUGAGGUUAUGAAUGGGGUCUGUCUCGUCAUGAGGCUAUGAAUGGAAUCUGUCUCGUCAUGAGGUUAUGAAUGGGGUCUGUCUCGUCAUGAGGCUAUGAAUGGGGUCUGUCUCGUCAUGAGGCUAUGAAUGGGGUCUGUCUCGUCAUGAGGCUAUGAAUGGGGUAUGUCUCGUCAUGAGGUUAUGAAUGGGGUCUGUCUCGUCAUGAGGUUAUGAAUGGGGUCUGUCUCGUCAUGAGGUUAUGAAUGGGGUCUGUCUCGUCAUGAGGCUAUGAAUGGGGUCUGUCUCGUCAUGAGGCUAUGAAUGGGGUCUGUCUCGUCAUGAGGCUAUUAAUGGGGUCUGUCUCGUCAUGAGGCUAUGAAUGGGGUCUGUCUCAUCAUGAGGUUAUGAAUGGGGUCUGUCUCAUCAUGAGGCUAUUAAUGGGGUCUGUCUCGUCAUGAGGUUAUGAAUGGGGUCUGUCUCGUCAUGAGGUUAUGAAUGGGGUCUGUCUCGUCAUGAGGCUAUGAAUGGAAUCUGUCUCGUCAUGAGGUUAUGAAUGGGGUCUGUCUCGUCAUGAGGCUAUGAAUGGGGUCUGUCUCGUCAUGAGGCUAUGAAUGGGGUCUGUCUCGUCAUGAUCCAUCAUCCCAGUUACCUUGACGGUUUGGCCGCUAAUGCUAGCUAGCUCUUAGCUUUGCCCUCAAACACUCACUAACCUGGAGUGAACUGUGGGGUUAUUUCAGGAUAAGACACCACAGCCUUCAAAGCAUUUUUCAAAGGGUUCUCAAAAGGUUUUCAAUUUUCAGUGCUGUAUGCUGGUGUAUUCUACAUUUUGAUUCAGAUUAAAUUGACAGCCCUUAGAAAUGUCAUCAAGGAUGGAAUGCUGUUUGUAAAGAUUUCAAAUUCAACUUUACUAUAGACAUCUCUAAGCUAACUAACCAAACAUGCAGCUAUUCUGAGGGCCUGAAAUGCAAGAGCAGCAAUCACCACCCAGGUCUAUUGAUGUAGACAGUGGAGGCUUAUUAAGUCACCUGAGUCAAAGAGAUUUCACUGGAAAGCUGCGACUUUGUAUUGCGUGAAUAAUCAUGAAUAGUAAUUCAGUUAAAUUAGUACUCAUCUGUGGGGAUUGACAUAAUCCAUCCGGAGAGAGCGAGAGAGAGGAGCGAGAGAAAGGGAGGGAGAGAGGGAGGCAGGGAGUGAGCAAGAGAGCGAGAGAGGGAGGGAGGGAGAGAGAGAGAGAGAGUGGAGGGAAAGAGAGAGAGCGUUAGAGGGGAGAGAGCGAGAGAGAGCCAAGGGAGGAGUGAGACAGAUAGAGAUAAGAGAGAGAGAGAGAGAUAUCUUCGCUCUCUCUCGCGUCUCCCGACUCCCUCGUAGCGUCUCUCCGCUCUCGCUCUCUCGCUCUCUACUCUCUAUCUCAUCUCUCUUCUCGUUCUCUCGUCACGGAGUCUCCUCUCUCUCACUGCAUAGAAAUAAAAGUUGUUAUGUCUGACAUCCGUCUGGUUUUGAAACAAAUGAAUCUUUCCUGGUUUUCCGCGGCGGCCGGUCGAGAUGAGACUAUCCGUCAUGCGCAGGCAGGAAUCGACUAAUGUGUCAGUUUACGAUAGAGAAAUUACACAGAGAUUACAAAAACCAGGGCGAACUUCAAUUACCACACAGCUGUUUAAAAACAAUUCUGAAAUGGUCCUGAAAAUAGACUAUUCUCAUCAGUCAAAAGAUUUUGUUCCCAGUGAUUGCUGAGAGACCCUCAUUUUUUGGGGAGGUUCUUGGACAAAGACAGAACAGCACAAUGAGAGUUUUUUCUUAUCCUGACAUGUCGUUUGAGACGUUACAGUUCUUGGACAAAGACAGAACAGCACAAUGAGAGUUUUUUUCUUAUCCUGACAUGUCGUUUAGACGUUACAGUUCUUGGACAAAGACAGAACAGCACAAUGAGAGUUUGUACUUGCCCUGUUGCCGAGACGUUACAGUAUUCUGAAAGGUUGUGUUCGAUUUUCUGUUUGGUCUCUUGUUUGAUUCCUGGUGGCGUUUUAUGUUACCAUGUUUAAACUGGUUUUAAUAAGCAUGAGGACGUCUGUGUGUCUGUGUGUGCGUGUGCGUGUGCGUGUGUGUAUCUAUUUCAGAUGUGACAGCUAGCAGGAUUUGUUUAAUCCAGCUGCUAAAACAACCCCCUUCUGACCCCCCACCCCCCCCCCCCCCACCCCAUCCUACACCCUCCCUCCAUACUCUCCUGUCCUCCCUCCUCCCUCCCAUCUCCUUUCCUCCCCCCCUCCUCCCCCUCCUCCCCUCUCCUCCCCUCCUCUCCUGUGGGUGUGUGGGUAAAAUCACUGGAAGAAAAAAAAGCCAUAUUACAACCUUUGAGUUGUGGUAAUUGCGUUGUGUGCUUCUAUAACCUGUUAGUUUAUAUGCCUUGACACCGUGAUAUAUAGGCCUAAGGCCGAGGCAAUAAGGAGACAGUGGCAGAAUAAAUUCAACCACACCUUUGUUUCAUCACAAAACCGGAGAGCAACCUCUGUCCGGUGAAGUCCACAAAGCAUAUUGCAUGUAACAAACAUUUAUACAACCUACAGUGUGGUCAAGCAAGUUAAUGUUUCCGACCUUUUCGGACCACUAAACUAUAGAUUUAGAACCAUGGAGAGUUACCGCAAGUCGCAAAGAAAACAGGACCUGCCUCCACUAUUCCAGCACCAUUUCAACUUCAACAUUUCAACAUCAUCAAAUCACCUAUGCUUAGUCUAAUACAACAACAACUAAAAGAUACCAAAAACUAUUUAGUCCAAUCAACGUAAGCUAAAUAUGCUGUGGCUGUCCAUGGUUCUGAUUUCUGGUUGUGUGUGCGCAUUCUUGCAAGUAGAAAAACAUGUUGACUCACCCUACUUGUAGAGAAACGCCAAUGCCAUCCUCCUCUCUUUCAUGUUGACAGAAUGGUCUAUCACUCUGUCAUACAGUACACGCUUUAAUUUUUGUUGUUGUCCUAGGCUACCUGGCUAAAAUGAUUGCUCGCUAGCCUAACUUCCUUUCAUGGGCAACGUUAGCUAGUUAACAUUGACCUUCUACAUCUACAGUGGGGAGAACAAGUAUUUGAUACACUGCCAGUUUUGCAGGUUUUCCUACUUACAAAGCAUGUAGAGGUCUGUAAUUUUUAUCAUAGGUACACUUCAACUGUGAGAGACGGAAUCUAAAACAAAAAUCCAGAAAAUCACAUUGUAUGAUUUUUAAGUAAUUAAUUUGCAUUUUAUUGCAUGACAUAAGUAUUUGAUACAUCAGAAAAGCAGAACUUAAUAUUUGGUACAGAAACCUUUGUUUGCAAUUACAGAGAUCAUACGUUUCCUGUAGGUCUUGACCAGGUUUGCACACACUGCAGCAGGGAUUUUGGCCCACUCCUCCAUACAGACCUUCUCCAGAUCCUUCAGGUUUCGGGGCUGUCGCUGGGCAAUACAGACUUUCAGCUCCCUCCAAAGAUUUUCUAUUGGGUUCAGGUCUGGAGACUGGCUAGGCCACUCCAGGACCUUGAGAUGCUCCUUACGGAGCCACUCCUUAGUUGGCUGUGUGUUUCGGGUCAUUGUCAUGCUGGAAGACCCAACCACGACCCAUCUUCAAUGCUCUUACUGAGGGAAGGAGGUUGUUGGCCAAGAUCUUGCGAUACAUGGCCCCAUCCAUCCUCCCCUCAAUACGGUGCAGUCGUCCUGUCCCCUUUGCAGAAAAGCAUCCCCAAAGAAUUAUGUUUCCACCUCCAUGCUUCACAGUUGGGAUAUUGUUCUUGGGGUUGUACUCAUCCUUCUUCUUCCUCCAAACACGGCGAGUGGAGUUUAGACCAAAAAGCUCUAUUUUUGUCUCAUCAGACCACAUGACCUUCUCCCAUUCCUCCUCUGGAUCAUCCAGAUGGUCAUUGGCAAACUUCAGACGGGCCUGGACAUGCGCUGGCUUGAGCAGGGGGACCUUGCGUGCGCUGCAGGAUUUUAAUCCAUGACGGCGUAGUGUGUUACUAAUGGUUUUCUUUGAGACUGUGGUCCCAGCUCUCUUCAGGUCAUUGACCAGGUCCUGCCGUGUAGUUCUGGGCUGAUCCCUCACCUUCCUCAUGAUCAUUGAUUCCCCACGAGGUGAGAUCUUGCAUGGAGCCCCAGACCGAGGGUGAUUGACCGUCAUCUUGAACUUCUUCCAUUUUCUAAUAAUUGCGCCAACAGUUGUUGCCUUCUCACCAAGCUGCUUGCCUAUUGUCCUGUAGCCCAUCCCGGCCUUGUGCAGGUCUACAAUUGUAUCCCUGAUGUCCUUACACAGCUCUCUGGUCUUGGCCAUUGUGGAGAGGUUGGAGUCUGUUUGAUUGAGUGUGUGGACAGGUGUCUUUUAUACAGGUAACAAGUUCAAACAGGUGCAGUUAAUACAGGUAAUGAGUGGAGAACAGGAGGGCUUCUUAAAGAAAAACUAACAGGUCUGUGAGAGCCGGAAUUCUUACUGGUUGGUAGGUGAUCAAAUACUUAUGUCAUGCAAUAAAAUGCAAAUUAAUUACUUAAAAAUCAUACAAUGUGAUUUUCUGGAUUUUUGUUUUAGAUUCCGUCUCUCACAGUUGAAGUGUACCUAUGAUAAAAAUUACAGACCUCUACAUGCUUUGUAAGUAGGAAAACCUGCAAAAUCGGCAGUGUAUCAAAUACUUGUUCUCCCCACUGUAGCUACAUAUUGAACUUCCAUCGUCUCAAGCCAUGGGCACAAUGUAUGAAUUAAUGGUUGGAUCAGAAUUGCCGUUAUAACCAUUGUCCAGUAAGGAGAAUUAAGUAAAACCACAAGUCCAAAUCCCUAUCUCCAUCCAUGGCUAAUUUAGGAAAGGGACGAUUUUAGCUAGCUAGCUAGCCACCGGAGGACAACAACACAACGAGAUGCAACAAUUCAAGUUGUUUCUGUCAAUGAUGUAUGCUCUCAAUGCGAUUUUAUAGGAGUGACAGCAAAUACAAACUGGCUUCCCUUGACACUUGUUUUUGGUGCGCCAGGACCAUUCACUGUUGAGCUCACUCAGUUUAGCUCAACGCUGAUUGGCUAUUAUUAGAUUUUUUUUUUAUCAAGGGAGGCCAAAUGCUCGCUGGCUUCCCUUGCAUUCAAUACUAUGGGCGGCAACAAUGUCAUACUCUUUUUGACCACACAGCAUCAGAUAGAUGGCCUACACAUACAGAGACAGAGGGGCGCUGUUUCGCUUGCUCUGAUGCUUUCUCCGGUGACAUACAUUCAGCCACUUGCAAAUUGAAAGAAAAUUCUGAAACACAGAGUGACUAAAAAAAGUAUUUAUAUACAGUACCAGUCAAAAGUUUGGACACACCUACUCAUUCCAGGAUUUUCUUUAUUUUUGCGAUUUUCUACAUUGUAGAAUGAUAGUGAAGCCAUCAAAACUAUGAAAUAACACAUAUGGAAUCAUUUCAGUAACCAAAAAGGUGUUAAACAAAUAAAAAUAAAAAAAUUUAUUUGAGAUUCUUCAAAAGUAGCCACCCUUUGUCUUGAUGAUAGCUCUCCACACUCUUGGCAUUCUCUCAACCAGCUUCACCUGGAAUGCUUUUCCAACAGUCUUGAAGGAGUUCCCACAUAUGCUAAGCACUUGUUGGCUGCUUUUCCUUCACUCUGCGGUCCAACUCAUUCCAAACCAUCUCAACUGAGUUGAGGUCGGGUGAGUAGGUGUGUCCAAACUUUUGACUGGUACUGUAUAUAUAUAUAUUUGUUUUUUAUUUUCUUGGUAAAUUUUUGGGGAAGCCUGAAUUCCCUUGGCAACCAUGAACACACGCCACUUACAGGAAAACACACACACAUGGGUACACAUACACACUUACGUAGAUAUACACACAUGCAUACACCACUCUUUUGUUCUCUACAACACAUGUCUCCCUCUCUCUCCUCCUGUGUAGUGGACGGUAGCUGGUCGUGCUGGUCUGGCUGGUCUAAGUGUUCAGUGACGUGUGGAGGGGGACACUAUAUGAGGACGCGGACCUGCAACAACCCCCCACCAGCCUACGGAGGAGAUAUCUGUCUGGGACUACACACUGAGGAGGCUCUCUGUAACAUACAAUCAUGUCCAGGUACACACACAAACACACACACACACGCAGACUACACACUGAGGAGGCUCUCUGUAACACAUAACCAUGUCCAAGUACACACACACACCACUCUCACACACACACAUCACAUGCCACCUGUUUUCUUUUCUGUCUGUCUACUAGUUCUCCUGACAACUAGUUCUCCUGACAACUAGUUCUCCUGUCUACUAGUCCUCCUGACAACUAGUGCUCCUGACAACUCAUCAUUGCCAGUUGUUUUUUUCUCUCUGUCUGUUAGAAACACACUUUACUGCCAUUCAACGUUCAUAAGAAUGUGUCUCUUGUGUACACAGCAGUCCAGUUAAUAGUAUGGUUAUGUUUUGUCUCCAGAGAGUUGGUCUAACUGGUCCCAGUGGUCCCAGUGUGACAGUUCUGGCUCCCAGCUGCGUGUUCGACACUGUGACGUCCUGUUCCCUACUGGAAACCAAUGUUCAGGAAACCACACUGAGACCAGGACCUGCCCACCUGACUCCAACUUUAUACCGGGUAAUAGAAUACACACACACAUACAAACAAAUGCACACAUUUAUGCAUGAAUACACAGCCCAAAUAGUAUUGAAGUGUGUCCAGACAGGGAUCUCCCUUAUGGACAGGGUGUAAUGUGAGAUGCACCAGAACAUUGAUUUCUACUAAACCACUGGAUAAGUAGACCUCUUACUCUCUCUCUGAGUUCUGAGAGGCUCAAUCAAACACACACACACACACCUUGAUGUCUUCCACCUUGACGUCUUACACCUUGACGUCUUACACCUUGAUGUCUUACACCUUGACGUCUUACACCUUGACGUCUUCCACGUUGAUGUCUUCCACGUUGAUGUCUUCCACAUAGUAUCAAUUGACACUUUGAACUAACUAACACUUAGCAACCCAUAGAUAAUAAAACAUUAGAACUUCUUCAAAACUGUCUCAUCCUUCCCUUUGUAAUGUAUGACAGUAGUCUAUACUAGGGGAUAAGUGUACUCCAGUGUUAUGACAGUAGUCUAUACUAGGGGAUAAGUGUACUCCAGUGUUAUGACAGUAGUCUAUACUAGGGGAUAAGUGUGAGUUCACUUUAUUUUUCUGAAACACCAGUGUGUGUCUAGCUCCUUAUCACUAAUCUGUUUUAAUGGUAAUGGUAAUGGUAAUGGUAAUGGUAAUGGUAAUGAAAUGGGAAUGGUAAUGAGUUUGCCACUCCAUUACAUUUUACAUUUUAGUCAUUUAGCAGACGCUCUUAUCCAGAGCGACUUACAGUUAGUGAGUGUAUACAUUUUCAUACUGGCCCCCCUUGAUGUGUGUCCAGAAAGGGAUCUCCCUUAUUGACCGGGUCAUUAGAAGAGUUGUGUACUUAAUUUCCCUUAAUGCGGCCUGAUACACUACUUAUCAUUCGCUACUUAUCAUUCGCUACUUAUCAUUCGCUACUUAUCAUUCGCUACUUAUCAUUCGCUACUUAUCAUAAGCCUCUUCAGGUGCCUAGUGAUGGGCUUUAUCAUCCUCUGGUUCAGUCUCAAUAUAAUGCUCACACACUUUCCUCAUAUCUAUCCUGUUUUUCAGGGUAACAAGUCUGUGCUUCUGUUCAUCAUCUCUUCUUCUCUUCUCUUUUAAAGAAGUCUCUAUCGCACGUUCGAGUCAGGAGGAGAGAAGAUGCGGAGGUAUGAGUGCGUAUGUGUUUAAUGUGCUGGUGUGAUAAUGUAGUCCAAUAAUGUGGUGUAAUAAUGCAGUGUGAUAAUGUAGUGCAAUAAUUUAGUGUGAUAGUGUGAUACUGUAGUGUGAUGGUGUGAUAAUGUAUUGUGAUAAUGCAGUGUAAUAGUGUGAUAAUGUGGUGUGAGUGCUGUGUGUUGGUGUAAUACUGUAGCGUGAUAGUGUGAUAAUGUAGUGUGAUAGUACUGUGUGUUGGUGCGAUAAUGUAGUGUGAUAGUGUGAUAAUGUAGCGUGCUAUUGUGAUAAUGCAAUGUGAUAAUGUUGUGUGAUAAUGUAGUGUGAUAGUGCUGUGUGUUGGUGUGAUAACGUACUGUGAUAAUGCUGUUCAAUAAUGUAGUGUGACAUUGUGGUAAUGUGGUGUGAUAAUGUAGUGUGAUAAUGUAAUGUGAUAGUGUGAUAAUGUGGUGUUAUAUUAUAAUGUGAUAGUGUGGUAAUGUAGUGUGAUAUUGUGGUGUAACAAUGUAAUGUGAUAGUGUGAUAAUGUAGUGUGAUAUUUCAUGUACUGUGUAGAUAUAUUUUUUUGGUAUCAAUUUAUGAGCUCAUUCACAGUUACGAAUGUGACACCAGUCUUUGUGCAGACUGUUCAUUUUUACCCCCAAAAUGUGUUACAUACAUUUUUUAUCAUUUAAAGCAUUCUCUCUUUUUCCCUUCUUCAGAUUUCAACCUGUUCCAUAUGAUCGCUGUCGGCCUGAGUAGUUCUAUCCUGGGAUGUUUGGUCACCUUACUGGUGUACACCUACUGCCAGCGCUACCAGCAGCAGUCUCACGAAGCUACGGUCAUCCACCCCAUCUCAGCAACACCACUCAACACCUCCAUCACCAACCACAUCAACAAACUGGACAAAUACGACUCCGUGGAAGCCAUUAAGGUUUGUAUACUAGCGCACUCUGUGGCCGUCUAGGAUCUUCCAGGCUCGCCUACUGUACUAUAGACCAGCCCAGGGUCUAUAGUACUGUAAACCCCUGGGCUGGUCUAUAGUACUGUAAACUCCUGGGCUGGUCUAUAGUACUGUAAACCCCUGGGCUGGUCUAUAGUACUGUAAACCCCUGGGCUGUUCUAUAAUACUGUAAACUCCUGGGCUGGUCUAUAGUACUGUAAACCCCUGGGCUGGUGUAUAGUACUGUAAACCCCUGGGCUGGUCUAUAGUACUGUAAACCCCUGGGCUGGUCUAUAGUACUGUAAACUCCUGGGCUGGUCUAUAGUACUGUAAACCCCUGGGCUGGUGUAUAUUACUGUAAACCCCUGGGCUGGUCUAUAGUACUGUAAACCCCUGGGCUGGUCUAUAGUACUGUAAACCUGUGGGCUAGUCUAUUGUAGCCCUGGGCUGGUCUAUAGUACUGUAAACCCCUGGGCUGGUCUAUAGUACCCCUGGGCUGGUCCACAGUACUGUAAACCCCAUGGCUGGUAUAUAGUACUGUAAACCCCUGGGCUGGUCUAUAGUACUGUAUACCCCUGGGCUGGUUUAUAGUACUGUAAACCCCUGAGCUGGUCUAUAGUACUGUAAACCCCUGGGCUGGUCUAUAGUACUGUAAACCUGUGGGCUAGUCUAUUGUAGCCCUGGGCUGGUCUAUAGUACUGUAAACCCCUGGGCUGGUCUAGAGUACUGUAAACCCCUGGGCUGGUCUAUAGUACCCCUGGGCUGGUCCAUAGUACUGUAAACCCCUGGGCUGGUCUAUAGUACCCCAUGGCUGGUAUAUAGUACUGUAAACCCCUGGGCUGGUCUAUAGUACUGUAUACCCCUGGGCUGGUCUAUAGUACUGUAAACCCCUGAGCUGGUCUAUAGUACUGUAAACCCCUGGGCUGGUCUAUAGUACUGUAAACCCCUGGGCUGGUCUAUAGUACUGUAAACCCCUGGGCUGGUCUAUAGUACUGUAAACCCCUGGGCUGGUCCAUAGUACUGUAAACCCCUGGGCUGGUCUAUAGUACUGUAAACCCCUGGGCUGGUCUAUAGUACUGUAAACCCCUGGGCUGGUCUAUAGUACCCCUGGGCUGGUCCAUAGUACUGUAAACCCCUGGGCUGAUCUAUAGUACUGUAAACCCCUGGGCUGGUCUAUAGUACUGUAAACCCCUGGGCUGGUCUAUAGUACUGUAAACCCCUGGCUGGUCUAUAGUACCCCUGGGCGGGUCCAUAGUACUGUAAAACCCCUGGGCUGGUCCCAUAGUACUGUAAACCCCUGGGCUUGGUCUAUAGUACUGUAAAGACCUUGGGCCUGGUCCAUAGUACUGUAAAUCCCUGUGCUGGUCUAUAGUACUGUAAACCCCUGGGCUGGUCUAUAGUACCCCUGGGCUUGGCCAUGUACUGUAGAACCCCUGGGCUGGUCUAAUAACCCAUGGGCUGGUCCAUAGUACGUACCCCUGGGCUUGGUCCAUAGUACUGUAAACCCCUGGGCUGGUCUAUAGUACUCGUCAACCCCUGGGCUGGGCUAUAGUACCCCUGGGCUGGUCUAUAUAGCACGGUAAACCCCUGGGCUGGUCUAAUAGUACUGUAACCCCUGGGCUGUCUAUAUAUACUGUAAACCCCUGGGCUGGUCUAUAGUACUGUAAACCCCUGGGCUGGUCUAUAGUGCUGUAAACCCCUGGGCUGAUCUAUAGUACCCCUGGGCUGGUCUAUAGUACUGUAAACCCCUGGGCUGGUGUAUAGUACUGUAAACCCCUGGGCUGGUGUAUAGUACUGUAAACCUGUGGGCUAGUCUAUUGUAGCCCUGGGCUGGUCUAUAGUACUGUAAACCCCUGGGCUGGUCUAUAGUACUGUAAACCCCUGGGCUGGUCUAUAGUGCUGUAAACCCCUGGGCUGGUCUAUAGUACCCCUGGGCUGGUCCAUAGUACUGUAAACCCCUGGGCUGGUCUAUAGUACUGUAAACCCCUGGGCUGGUCUAUAGUACUGUAAACCCCUGGGCUGGUCUAUAGUACUGUAAACCCCUGGGCUGGUGUAUAGUACUGUAAACCCCUGGGCUGGUCUAUAGUACUGUAAACCCCUGGGCUGGUCUAUAGUACUGUAAACCCCUGGGCUGGUGUAUAGUACUGUAGCUCUUCUGUACUUGUGUGUGUGUGUGGUCCUGCGUCUACUCUGUGUGACUGCACUGUUCUGUUUAUAUAGCCAUUUAGACGUACACUGCUUUCUCAUAAGUUACUAACAAAAUACAUCACAAUGUACAUACUGUAGGUGACAAAUAUGGGGUGAGUAGGUUCCAGGUCUUUGUCUUCAAUAACAGUAGGAACAUCCUGGUUUAAAUAAAUAACACAUCAAUAAUAUUAGUUAUAUUUUCUCUGACCACAUUUCUGUUGACACAAGGCUUGGUUUGGAAAGUCAGUAGGUUAAGAAGUAUAUUUUAUACGAGUUACCUUAUCGAGUUAGCCUAUCGAGUGUGGACAGAGAGCUAGCUUUCAGAAGAGUAUCCAUCUUCUAUAAAUUACUGAACAGACACACCGUCUAAAGUGAAUGUAUUCUCUGGUGCACAACUAAUGUCUUGGAAUGCAGUUUUCAUAGCAGAAUAAAGAUUUGAGUAGUGUCCAUCUAUCAUGUAAUUAGUGUCUGGUGUGUGAGUAGAAUCCAGUUUGCAGCUAUGGCUAGAGGAUAGUAUGAAUAUGGACAAUGCUUGUUUGGCUAAAGUGAAAACUCCAAAAGAGCCAUUUGAAAAAUUAAUCUAGUCUUUAUUUUCUAAGGAGUAUUCUGCCUCAGUGUUGACUCUUGUUUAAUGGCUGGGUUGUACUGUUGAAUAUACAUAUUUUAAAAGUGAAAUGAAUGAUUCUGUAAUUGUAUUAUGUAAUGUAGGAGAAAGACGAGCACCUGGCACUAUAGUUCCUAAAGCUUUGUUCUUUGUGUUUGAUUAAAAAAUAACAUCUUCAUAAUUUAGGUGAGCUCUGAAAGAUGAGUGCCAUUGAGACAAAGGCAGUGAGUGUAGCUGAAAGAUUGUCCCUUUUGAAUGACGCAGUAGUGUGUCCAACCUUAUGGAUGAGCAUGUGGUCCCCUGGGUAACAGUAGAACUUAGUCAUCCAUUGUGGCUCCAGUGAGGAUGACUGUUACCCGUUCCUCUCCUCCCGCAGCCCGAUGUGUCCGUACUCUUGACCCUGGACGACCCCGGCAUGCGCCAGCCUCUGUCUGCUAACAUGGGCGUGUCCAUG